AUGCCUUCCCUGAACCGACCUCCAGCACCCAUCGGUAUCGGUCCGUCCGUCGCAGCGCUUCUUUCGCAGCUGCAGGCGUCGUCUGGCGGACCCAGUGCGGCGCUCCUGCCUCCAGGCGAGACUUCGCACCCUUCGGACUCGGUACCCGGCCCCCCCUCGUAUGCAGAGCCUCAGCCGACGUAUACAAGCCCCGCAGGCCCUUCCUCUGGGGUCCAACCCGAGUUCGGUCCGGCUCUAGACCAGUCCUUGAAGCUGGACGCGCCAGCACCCCACACGCCCCCGCAAGAUAUGAGAACGUGCACGUUCCAGCAAGCGCUUCCCCACCUCGCGCGGCUAGCGGAAGAUCCGGAGUUUCUCAAGGUGUUAACGGCAAUUCGGACAGAACAGACGGAGCUGGAGCGCCAACUCUGGAAAGAGCGCCUCGGUAUCCAGCGCAAGCACGAAGACAAGGUCAGAGCUGCACGUACACAAGCGAGUAUUGUCGGUGUGACCGGUUUCACCCAAUACGAAGCCGACUCGCUAUCGGCCACUUUCCGUGCAGAGCUUCGUCGCUUCGACCGCGACCGCGCCCUGCCCGCAUGGGAUGGUCUUGUGGCAAGGCAGCAGGCCGCGCUCGAGGGCUGGCACGCGCCCGCGAUGUUCCUCACCUCGCACGGCCCGGACCGCGAGGUGCGUGCGCCCACACUCAUUUCGGACUCCGAGUCUUCCAUGCGCCACGCUUGUUGCGCCCCUGUCUGCAUACGCACGCUCGCGCGCCGCGGGCCGCGGAUGCACGACGGGCCGCGGACGGAGUUAGCGCACGGCUGCCCCCUGUUGUGGGUGCAGCGGUCAAGCCAGGGCCUGGCCGCUUGCACCGCAACGGCGCACCGGCGAUCGACGCUGCUCUCGCGUUUAGAUGUAUCCUUUCCACUCUCUCCUCCCCGCCGCGCCGCCCCCGCCAUGCCGUUCGUCGACCUCGUCAACACCAACGACUACGCCUCCAUAUGGUACACUGCCAAUUCCCCUGCCGGCACCGUCAGCGGCUUCGAUCCCAGGAAGCCCACUCUCGUCAUGCUCCAUCCCACCUUCCUCGAUUCGACCUGGACACACCCCCAAAUAAACGAUAACCGCCUGAAUGCCAACUUCAACAUCGUUGUCUUCGACACUCGUAUCACUGGCAAGUCCCUCUACAGGCCCAGCGGGCGCUAUGAUCUCUGGGUCGUCGCUGCAGACCUCGCCUACUGCUUCUACCACCUCCAACUGCCCCCCGCCCACAUCUUCGCGCCCGAGCUCCUUGGUCUCGCCGCCUUGCGCUUCGCAGCCCUCUUUCCAGAGCUCUGCCUCAGCCUGACGCUCUGUAACGUCACGCCGCAAACAGAACUCAAGUCCAUCUUUGAUGCCUUCGAGGAGCUCAGCCACCUGUGGUGCUAUGCGGAGGACCUGGAGUCCUUCGAGACGGCGUGCAAGGAAAUGGUCAACUGCUACGCUCAGGACGCACAUCCAGAUUUCAUUGAUGAGCUUGUGGCGCACUGGGAAGUACAUUAUCCUCCGUUCCGACGAUCACACGUUAUUCAAAAUGUCAACCUUAUCCUUAAUCGGACACCCAUGUCGGCACAUGAACUCGCUAAUGUUCGCUGCCCGGUCCUCAUCAUCCAAGCCGAGCGAAGUCAAACACAUCCCAUGGAGUACGCGCAACAGCUUCGACAAGCGUUGGUCAAUGCUCCAGACACCGCACAGCUCUUCACAGUGAAAGCCACGCAUGGUUACCUCAGCCUGCUCUCCUCUUCUAUCGUAAACCAGGUCCUCAACAAAUUCCUCACGCGGCAGCAAUCGGCGCGGAGCGACCUAUUUGCUCCAGAGAUACCUCUACUAGAGCGGAUGCAGAUGGCACUCGACCUCCUCGCCGAGUUCCGUGACGACCCAUCAAUAUCGGAACGCGAUGCCAGCUCACCUCUGUCCUUUUGCUGCGUAACGGAAGAAGUCCGCAAAAGCCAGGAAGACCUGUACAGCCUUUAUCGCGAAGGCGAGCAGAACGCGCUGUCGCCGUUGGCACCUGACGGCCGCCCGCUGCGGAAAUACUCAGAACGAAAAGACGAGCAUUGGCUGGAUUCGAGCACGGACGGCUUCUCUUACUCCAACAUCAAACAGCCCGGAUCUGGAAAGGACAAGAAGCGUCCUGCCGUGCGUCGACCAGUCGCACCCGUCGAAGAGGCUUCGGUCAUCUUCAUGCCCUCGGAGCCAGUCACGCAGGAAGCGCAGCAGGUCGCGCGUAUCCGUCGUGCGACGGUCCUCCCACAGAGCCCCGCAGACAAACACGUCAUCAAGGGCUCGAUGGCGAAGGUCAUCGCGUCCGGCGCGGGGACGAGCUUGCAGCGCCGUCUAUUGCGAGGAUGA